CUGAUACAGAGGAUUUUCCUGCCAUUAAAUGAUCGCUUUAGAGAGGAAAAAAUGCCAACUCUUGAGAGUACAACAAAUGGCAGGCUCCAGAGAAGGAUGGAGGGGACAGCCUUUGCUCUGUUAGGCACAUUUCAGCAGUCCACCUCAUGUUACAACUUGGGCAAGCCCUUGCUGAAAAGUUGUUAAGACCAGCACAAAACUGAAGCAUGCAUUGAAAAGAUCCCAGAAGUUUGCUUGUCAGACCUGAAAUGCCACAAGUGAAUAACCAAGGUGAUGUUUGCCAUCAUUUUAAAUGCCAUCCUAUGUAUCCCCCACAUCCAUGCUGUGUGGGCCUGUGUGCGCUCCUGCCCUGCCAGCUGCGUGUGCACCAGGGAGCGGAGUUGUUCCAUCCUGUGUGACCGUGCCGGCCUUCAGCAGAUCCCUAGUGAGUUCCCCUGUGAAGCCUCCUCUAUCAACCUGGAUAAAAACAACAUUAAAUUUGUCUCAGAGAGGGCAUUUGGUACCCUGCCUUCCCUCAAAUCUCUCUCACUUCAGCACAACAACAUCUCCUUUAUCACUCCUGGGGCUUUCAAAGGGCUACCCAGGUUGACUGAGCUUAAAAUGGCCCACAACGAAUACAUCCGCUAUCUGCACACUCGUACUUUUACUGCCCUCAAAAGGCUUGUCAAGCUAGACCUAGCUGACUGCAACCUUUUCAACAUCCCGGACAGGAUUUUCAUUGAACUGCCUGCCCUUCAGGAGCUCUUCUGCUUCCAGAACAAUUUCCGAAGGAUCCCUGGAGCCAUAAGAGGCAUGGAGAAUUUGACCCAUGUUUACUUGGAGCGAAACAAAAUAGAAGCUGUAGCCUAUAAUUCUCUGCAGGGCCUGAUGAAGCUGAAGUAUCUUAACCUCCAAGACAACAGAAUAAAUGUCAUUCAUGACCGAGCCUUUCAAGAUUGUCAGAAAAUGGAGUAUCUCUAUCUGAAUGACAACCUGCUUAGUGACCUCCCAGAAAACUCUUUUGAUGGGCUGAGGCACCUGAAAAUGCUCAAUCUUGGUGGGAACUUUCUCAGGAAUGUGUCCAACACCUGGUUCCGGGACCUGGUUGAACUGGAAGUUCUAUACUUGGACAGAAACAGGAUCAAUUACAUUGAGGAAGGGGCUCUCGAAAAUCUAACCAGCCUGGUCUCUUUGCAUUUGAACAGUAACAGCCUAACCACCCUGCCUUUUUCUGUCUUCCAGCCAGUCUUUUUCCUGGGAAGGCUCUAUCUUUUCCGGAACCCCUGGGAGUGUGACUGCAAGCUCGAAUGGCUGAAAGAUUGGAUGGAGAAUUACAGACUGGUCAGGGAUAUUCCCUGUGCCUCCCCCUCCUCAGUAGCUGGCAUUGACUUGGCAGAUGUGCUGUUUGAUAGAUCACCUGAAGGUUCUUGUCUUGACCCAAUGGAGUUAAACGUCACAUCCUACAGUGCAACCCCAACUUCAGAGCUUCACUCUACCACAGAGAGCAAAUUCAGCAGCCUUAUUUCCAAACUCCUGCUCCAGGAGGGCCUUCCUGAGGAGAUGGCAAAUUCCACUGAAGCGUUAACCAACACCACCCAGUUGGACAGGCUAGCUGAUGAAGUUUCUUCGGGGGUGGGGGAAUAUGCCAUCUCCUGCUCUUUCCAUCUCCUGGCACUCAUUACAGCUCCAGCAGUGAUUGUUCUGCAGAGUGAAUAACGCCAGGGCUCCCUCAGGCACAUUUAAGAACUGAGUUUCUGUGUUGUGUAGUCAUUGGAAAGGUGCUGGCACUGCAGAGUUCAGAGGCUGGUCUGGCUCCAAACCUCCCUACAGUACAGCAGGUGUUUGGGUUUGGGGGAGGGGGUUUGGCUUGGACCCUUCUUUGGCAGAAACUAAGCUCCUUGAGGCAGAGAAUUUAUAUUUGUUGGGUUUGAAAAACCCUGCGUUGGCAGAGCAUUAUGAGAGAGCAGCAAUAAUAAGGAGUUUGAGUGAACAGUCACCUCUGGGACAGCUGAUUUUCUCUGCUAGAUAGGAAGGGCAAGGGCUUCUUACUGAAGGCUACACUGCAGUAUUUAUUCAGUUAGGAUCAAUCCUGAUUUCCCAGAAGUCCCCGCAAAAAAAAAUCCCAUUGGUUUUCCUGGGCAUGGGAUUGGGCUCUAACAUAUCAGCCUCACCCAUAAAUCCAGAAACACAUAAGGAACCUUAUCCUCUGCUCCUGGUGCUUUAUGCUGAUAGAACUCCACUGACUUUAGAGGUGUGACUUCUGAUUUAUACCAGGGUGAGAGGAUAUUCAGACCUAUUAUAUUCAACACACAUGCCUGCUGCAUUAUUCCCUGUGCACAAUGCCAGGAGGAAGGGAGGGAUAAGCGAGUAGGUUGGUAGUGCCGUAUUAAGGUCGAUAGUUUAUCAGUCACACUGGAAACUGUGCUUGGGAAGAGCAAGCCAUUGUGACUGUACCUACAUUCAAGAUUUUCUCAUUCUCCCACCUCUGGUCUAACAGUGUUUUUCUCAGUGAUCUGUCCCUGAGAUCACCCUGACACAGUUGAGGAAGGCAGCAAGCUGUUCCCUGGUAUUAUACAGGUUGAUUUAGCAUCCAUACAGCUUCAGUGGUGCUAGGAAGAAGGGGUGCACUCAUGUAGACAGGGCAUCUAUGCGUUUACCAACGUUAUCUAACCCUCAGAGCAGGUUUAGAGGACGCAGUGGCAAAAAAAACCAGUGGCCUGUCUAUAAUAGCUCUCCCAGCUGGUACCAGAGGAGCUAUACUGGUGAUAGACCCACCGUGGGGCUACCUGAAGAUGGGUGUAGCGCAGGCUUCGCUGACCUGGUGAUUUCAGAAGGGACUGGAUGUGAGUAGAAAAACACAAACAACCCCUUCCCCCAAGGUUCCCUCUAAGAUGCACGGCCCCACAGAGGCUUAAUGAGCCCCACCCAGCCAGGGGCACAGGAUUUCCGCACAGAGCCGCCUGGCUGGGGGAGGGGCACUUCUCCCUCAGCGACAGCAGCAGCUCCUUACUGAGGACAGGGCAGUGAGUCUCCCCCAUAGGGAGGGGACGUGUCCCUGCCCCAGCCAGGCAGCUCCGUGCACUGAGCCCUGAGCCCCUGGCCUGGAGGAGCCAUGCUGCCUUGCAGCUUAGAGGGAACCUUGAAACCCUCCAGCAAGGAAAAAACGAAAAGGAAAGUAGACACGGGACAUGGAAAUAAAUGGCUGAAUGAUGGUUGGUGAUACAGGACUUUGCCACACAAGGCUUAUUUUAGCAUAUUCCCUGUAUUGAUGGCAGUGACUGGCUAUUAACUGGGGAAACAGAUGAGUGGUUAGGCAGGUAAGCCACUCAGGCAAACCACAAUGGCUUCCCCGAGGCCAUUAUUUAACAUGCCAGGUGUUAGUGGCUGUGUCCUCAAGGAACGCUGACCAUUUCCUAGUUAAACAGCUCCACUCUUCGUUUCUGCUGCCCCCCUCAGCAAUAGACGGGAUUUAAUUAGGCCACAACUUCAUUCAUUUCAAAUACCUGGCAGUAAAUUGUACAGUGCGGGCCUUCAUCGUUCCACCCUGUCGCAGCUACCUCAGUGCUGGGCUGUUGCCGCCAUCUCCCUGUAUAAGGCACAAGAGGACUCAAGGAAGCGUGGCUGGUUCCAUGCUGUUCUGGACACAGCAGCCUCAGUACUGUCCUUCCUCAGCUCCUUCAAGAGAGAGCUAGAAAAAAUGGGGAGUGUCAAUGCUCUGCUGUACCAGACAUCGCAGCCCCAAUCCCCUCCUCUGCCAGAAUGAUGCUUUUUUUCCAAACCUUUCUCAAUCUGUUGCUAGCUGAAACAGCAUCAUCACAGGCUGCCCCAAGGAUGGAGCUGGCUCCCACAUUAGGAAGGCAGGAUAAGGGAUGCCCUGAAGGUACAGAGGUGGAGUGGGAUCUUCAGUGAACUCAGCUAUAGGGCAUCAACCUCUGUAGCACAGGGUGGUGGGCUCGAUCCCACCUCCUUCUGCCCGUUCAGGCAGCAGCUGGGCAGCCAACACCUUCCAUAGUGAGUAUGCACACUGCACACUUGCCACAAGUUUUACCUCUUAGAGGGCAACAUUAUAACCUAAUCCCCUUACUGCACCCCACUGGGUCCCAGAACUGCCGUGGGUAAGGUGGAAAAAUGCACCCCAUCUUGGCAACUUGGGCACUGAGGGAAAGAACCCUUCCCAACCUCUAGUGAAAAAAGGGGACUAGUAUAUGCCCUCCAGAGGUCAUGUAGAAAAUCAGCCCUUUUGCAUACUUCAUGGGAGAAGAGGUAGAUGAAAUUGUGGCCAUUUAGCUUGUGCAAAAUGACUAUUUAGCUCAUGAAUUUCCAGGCCAGUUGGUUUCUAAAAGUGAAAGGAUCCUCCUUUUCAGUGAAGUGUACCAGCCAAAACAGGGGUCUCUUGUGGCUUAAUGAUGAACGCUAUUGGGUUGGGAUCUUAUUCACCCUACCUUUUCAAAGAAAAACAACUGCAUGACAAUUAACAGCCAGCAAUUUCUCGUAGAGGGGUAAAUAUUCCCAAAUUAAAUGUUAGUGGAGGUAAACUCCUGAUCUGUCUGUAGUUAUAUUAAAUUUUUCCCAGUGAGGAUACCAGAUGGUUUCAUAAAUGCUUGUUUGACCUGUUUGGUGCAUUAAAUUCAAUGACUUUGGCUUUCCAGGCUAUUUAUGAAUGCAUUAAUCUUCUUAAAUGCUAAAUUCAUCUGUGGAUUAUAAAUGGUUGUUUUUCAAAGACUGUACCAGCCAAAUGCUGUAGAUUAAUUUGAAGAUUUCUUUAGGGUAGCAUUAUUUCAUCUAGUUGCUGAAGGUUUAUCAAUAGAAAUUUGACACAAGUUGCUACUGCAUUGGGCAUGGUGGUUAUUUUUCGUUUCCUACAGAUAGAUAUUUAUCAUAUGAACUCAAUAUUUUUAUUUUUUGCUCCAAGAUACAUACGAACUGGAGGGCAUCUUAUUGUACAAUUUGUUACAGGGAAGCAGAAUGUAAAUAUCAAGUUAACUCUUGCUUUAAAGAUCUUUCUUUUUAAUUCAGAAGAGGAAGGUUAAGCUCAGAAUUGGAAUCAACUCAAAGUUAGCUGAGACAUCUGUGAGACAGUAGAGCGGGAUGAAGAACAAGCCGCAGCAUGACAUUUUACUGCUUGAUAACAUCUAGAAAUUCAGAAUGCUGCGGCAGUGGUCUUAAUUACUUACAAAUUAAAUGUCUUAUAUAGUUAAAUAGUCAUACUAUUGCCAGAAGGCUUUAUUUCUGCAAUAUUAGAAUAAAUCUAUGACUGCCUAGUAACUUUAGAGCUGUCAGUUUGCUGUAUAGUCACUCAAUGUCACUACACCAGAGGGAAUAGAUCUCAUCUUCUGAUUGAAAGACCGACCCUACCUGAGCUAAAGAGGCAAUUGGCAUGUUAUUAUCAGUAUAGAGCAUAUGACACGCAGUAGAACAGUUCUAAUUGUGCUGAGAAGAGGCCAUGGUAUGUGUAUGUCUACAUACAGGCAAAUUCAUUAACACGAAACAGUUUGAUUCACAUUGGUUAUGCACUUCCUUAAGGCUGGCUGAGUGACUGGUGACUCCUUCACAGUAAAGAAGUCUGGAAAACAAAGGGCUAUGUUUCAUUAACCAAUGGCUACAACUGAAUGCCAGAAGGAGAUUUCAGUGCAUCAUGAGAAUUUUAAAUGUGUUGGGAUAUACAUGACCUGUCUCUUUGUUUACAUUUCACUAAACUUCUUUCUAAGGCCCUUCUUUCUAGCUCUUAACAUUCACACCGAAGUACCUAGUAACCUGUACCUUGUUUUUCUGAUUAUAACUUCUGUUGAGUAGGAUGCAUAUUAAAAUUGAGUCUAGUCUUUUGUUCUAAUAGUUAGAUUUUAUUCUAGGGAUGGGCUUAAGCCUCAAAAUUUGGAUCUAGAUGUGUAGGUCCUGGAACUAUGGGGCCUGCCACACCCGUUGGCUUGAAGAGGUUUCCAUUACAUUCAGGGUUUGCAGAUUGAUUCAAUGGUUCUCAGUAUCCCACUAUAAAAAUUAUUCCAGCACCCCCAUCUGCAUAUCAAAUGACCCCAAUGUUGGGUGUUGAUGAGAUCUGGCAUGUUGUGCCACUAUAAUGAUAGAUGCCAUUUUCAAAAUCUGGCUCUGGAUUUUGGAUAUGUCCAGUGUCAAUAUGGGACUUGGAGUCCUGUG